CACAUGUGGAGUAUGCACAAUGCGUUGGAAAUAGCGACAAUGCCCACUUCAUGCGUAUCCAUAUGUCGCAGGCCAAAUGUGAAGGAAAUAUUGUGGUAAAAAGUGUGAUUGUACUCCAGAAAUACCCGCCCACCUUUACCCCACUCUCACUCCCUCGCUACCUCCCUCCUCCCUCUCAGACGUGUCACCUCAGCUGCUAGAGGUGCUGUCUCAGAUGAUGCACCCUGACCCCAGCCAACGACCCUCGACCUCAAACCUACUGAGACACACCAGAGUCCAGAGGGCAGUGUGGAGAGGUCACUGGAGGAGACUCACUCGAGGAGUGAGCUCAGCCGUCCAGUGGGUGAUGGUUCCUCUGUACCGACCAGUCCUCCUGCUCCUUGUCUACCUGCUCAGUUGGUGGAGAGGACAGGCAGCAGUUGAGUCGGCCUCCCCUCCUCCUCCUCCUCCAUUUGUCCCUCCUUUCAUUGGAGUAGCUGAUGACUCAUUCUCUGACGAUGACGAUCUGGUGGCUAAGAGUUUUCUGACGACCUCAUCCUCAGAGGACAGAUCCAAGACACUCCUCAACCUAUCCUAUGUCAGUACCAGUCCAGUCCGUUAUCCUGGCUACUUCUACUCGGGGCCUCCCAUACCUCUCAACCUGGACCAGGGAGACGGCUCCUCCACUGAGGGAACUCCAAGUAAGACAGUUACAUCGGAGCCUUCCUCACAGAACAGUAGUUUCAGCUGCACUCCCAACUCCAAGCCACUUCUCUCGAAACAAGUGGAGCUGAGGUCUGCCAACAGAAGUCUCAGUGUGGGGCCCAAGAACCUACUAGAGAUGUUUGGGGAGGUUGGGGACUGAAAGACUGGACCUCAUUUUCACCAUCUCCUUAUGUGUUUCGUCAUUUUCAUUUCAAAAUCAGUCAUUUCUGUUGCGUUCUUGUUCUCCCAUUCUGUAUUACACAGCAGCACAGGCAGCAAUUUUUAUUGUGAAAUUA